CGUGAGGUUUAAUUAAGCAGGAACAGGAAAGACUGGUUACAUUGUUACUAACAGGGAAACAGCAAGGUUGUAUCUGGAAUUAAAAUUAACAAAUAGAAAGUUUAAAAACAUUUCCGAGGCAAUAAUUACCGUUUUCCUGCCUCAUGGAUUUGCGCAAACCAUUGUUUUAAUCAUAGUCUGUGGGCGACCAGCAAGAUUUGAUCAGAACCUGAGGGUUGUUUGGCUAUAGUCACUUGUAAUUGUUUAACUCGGGGAUAAGUAAAUUAUAUAGACAUUCGUUUGAUGUAAAGAAGCAAUAUUGACAACUAAGGGAGAAGAAAACGAUCGCAGGUCGAGAUCAAACCCAUUUGAAAUUGAGACUGCCCUCCGCCGUUUAGAUUGCACGCUGGCACAGGCUGGAUUGGAGGUUAUUAUGGCAAUGACUGGAGGGAUUGCAACAUCCUUUCCUAUGAGCAAUCACACCCGUGAGAGGGUGACUGUGGCCAAGCUGACUCUUGAAAACUUCUACAGCACUCUCAUUACACAGCACGAGGAGAGAGAAAUGAGGCAGAGAAAACUAGAAAAGGUAAUGGAUGAAGAGGGGCUCAUAGAUGAAGAGAAAAAGAUGAGGCGAUCUCAGCAUGCACGGAAAGAAACAGAAUUUCUGCGGCUCAAGAGGACCAGACUUGGCCUUGAUGACUUUGAGUCGUUGAAAAUCAUUGGAAGAGGUGCUUUUGGGGAGGUGCGGCUAGUUCAGAAGAAAGAUACCGGCCAUAUCUACGCCAUGAAGAUCUUGAGAAAAGCAGACAUGCUGGAAAAGGAGCAGGUUGCUCAUAUUCGUGCUGAGAGAGAUAUGCUUGUGGAGGCUGAUGGUGCUUGGGUUGUGAAGAUGUUCUACAGUUUUCAAGACAAGAGAAAUCUAUAUCUGAUCAUGGAGUUCCUUCCAGGAGGUGAUAUGAUGACACUGCUCAUGAAGAAAGACACUUUGACAGAAGAGGAAACACAGUUUUAUAUAGCAGAGACUGUGCUGGCCAUAGACUCCAUUCACCAGCUGGGGUUCAUUCACCGAGACAUUAAACCAGACAACCUCCUGCUGGAUUCCAGGGGGCAUGUUAAGCUGUCAGACUUUGGUUUAUGCACAGGGUUGAAAAAAGCACACAGAACAGAGUUCUACAGGAAUUUAACCCACAAUCCACCCAGUGAUUUCAGAGAUCUACUUCCUACAGCCUUUCAAAACAUGAAUUCAAAAAGGAAAGCAGAGACAUGGAAAAAAAAUAGAAGGCAAUUGGCAUAUUCUACAGUGGGAACCCCAGAUUAUAUUGCCCCUGAGGUGUUCAUGCAGACUGGGUAUAACAAACUAUGUGACUGGUGGUCUCUGGGAGUUAUAAUGUAUGAAAUGUUAAUAGGCUAUCCUCCAUUCUGUUCAGAAACUCCACAAGAAACAUACAGAAAGGUUAUGAACUGGAAAGAGACUCUUGUUUUCCCACCUGAAGUACCCAUUUCAGAGAAAGCAAAAGACUUGAUUUUAAGGUAUUGUAGUGAUGCGGAGGACAGAGUGGGUGCUGUAAGUGUAGAGGAAAUCAAGAGUCAUCCAUUCUUUGAACCAGUAGACUGGGAUCAUAUUAGGGAGAGGCCAGCAGCUAUUUCAAUCGGAAUAAAAAGCAUUGAUGACACAUCAAACUUUGACGAGUUCCCAGAAUCAGACAUCCUCCAGCCAAUUUCAGUGACAAAUGCAACAGAACAGGACUACAAAUCAAAGGACUGGGUCUUCCUCAACUAUACCUACAAGAGGUUCGAAGGACUCACACAAAGAGGCUCCAUUCCCUCUUAUAUGAAAGCCGGAAAGUUGUGAAAAACAUCAGGGAUGUAGACGUUUUGAACAGCUUCGUGCCUGGGCCACUCGGCACUUAUGAAUAAUGAUACACCGAAAGACUCCUGCAGACUGUGUGGUGCAUAUCAAUGUAAAACAUGAAAUUCUACAGGAUUAGGGUUUCACAGACUACUAAAGAGGCUCUUUUGUUUUGGGUUGGCAGGGCCAGCGGCCAUCUUGCCAAAGUUGUUUUGCUUAUCUUGUUUGUUCUUUUGUACUGCCAUAAAAAGGUACUAGGGUAACUGUAAACUUAUCUUUGUGUGCAUUUCACACAUGUUUGUGUAGAGAUUUUGGCUGUGUCUCUUUCUUUUCUAAACAAAUGAUGUACAGCUCUUAAAAGACACCUGCAUGUUAAUGAAGCCAUAUUACACAUCCGUAUAGCUGAGAGCUCAGAUUGGACAUGCGUGCUUUUUGAUAUACACUUCCUGAAGAUGGAGUGACCUCACAGGCUAAACUGUAGACACUGUAUUGAAACUCUGGGCAGUGUAAGGAAACACAUCCCCCUCUUGUUAUACAAAUAAGAGGUGGGAACAGUUUUUGCAUGCAAAAGGGAAACUGUAUUGACUACUGUAAUAAAGAACUAAAUUGCAUUAACUUCCAACAAUCAGUACAUUUGAGUUGGCUGCUAAAUAAUGUUACCAGUUGCAGUACGUCCAAAUUACAUUGUGUGACAACAUAAUUUUGUUAAGGUAGUGCUGCUGAGUCCCAGAUUCAGAUUCACGUUAAAAUCCCCAUUGCUGGUUUAAAGACACAUGUUUUGAUAGGCAAUAAUUGGGAUUUUACAGCUUUUCUUAAAAUAAAUAGAUAAAUAAAUAAAUUAUAAAUUUCUAGCCCACUUUCUGAUUAGCUUGUUUUUUUUUUUUUUAAACUAUAACAAAAAUGUAUCUCUUCUUAAAGACUUAAAGUCAAUGUUGUAUGUAGCAAAAAUAUGUCCCUGGGUUGGGAGUAUUGAAAAAUGUUUAAACUGCAAGAUUAAAAAAAUGUCAAACAAUCACGCUUGUCACAGGCCCCAGAAAUGAAUACAGGUACUACUAGAAUCUACUUGAUAACCCCUAAAUAUCUUACAUAUGUCGUAGAUAAUUUUCAGAUUACAACUAAUUUUGCCUAGCCUUGGUGAUGACCUUGGCCUUUCAAUCAAAAGAAAAAAAAAGGAAUUUAGUUUCAUGCAUACUAGAAAAGUUAAUCUAAUUUUUGUUGUGCAGGUUUGGAAUUAAUAUGGGUAUGUUUAAAAAUGUGUUUGACUUUAACCAGGGUUUUUUUUUAUUUGUUUAGUGUUUUGUUUUUGCAUAUUUUUUUU